UUUCAUAUCAAAACACAAAACUGAGGUGCGUUUCCCACGUGUUUUUGAUAUGUUCGUGCUUCGUGUUGAUAUGUUUUUCCUUUUCCUUUUUAUGAAAAGUCAUUGAAAACUGUGAAUUUCAGAAUGAUUGUUAUAAUAUAAACGUGUAAAUAAUUGGAUUGCAAAUCAAGAAACACGAAUAUUAGUUGACCCAGGUGAUAGUAUAUUGCAUUACGACGUUACUGCAUGUUUCAAUGUAGCGAUUAUGGACAAAUACACAGCAGAUAUUUGCGAAGAAAGUGAUACCAGUAGCAACGAUGGAAGCUACGACGGAGGUGAUUUCGAAUCGGAAAAAGCGAAAUGUUUAUUUUGCGACUCUACGUUCAAUGAUGUUGAAGCAACCUUGUUACAUUGUAAAGAAACCCACGACGUUGAUUUCCACAAACUAAUGAAUCGGUUUCAAAUGGAUUGUUACUCUUUCAUAAAGAUGAUCAACUUCAUUCGCAAGGAAGUCAUAUCCUGUGAAGUCUUGAAAACCCUUGAUUCUCCUGUAUGGGAAGAUGAUAAGUACUUCAAACCCGUCGAAGAAUUCGAUCCAUGGCUUAUGUUUGAUUUCGAAGAACAUUUUUCCGCUUUGUCUAGAGAUGAUAUUCUGCCGGUUGUGAACAACCAUGGUGAUUCAUCGUGUGAAAAAAAUCAGUUGGUGUUGAAUUUGCAAAAAGAAUUGCAAGAUAAAACCGAGCAGUUGUCUCAGUUGAGCGAACAACUAAUUCAGAUGAAGAAAUUCGUUCAUAAGAUAUUACAAGAUGACGAUGCAAUGGAUACCCAUCCAGCCAACUGUGUCGGAAAUUCCACGAAUGAUAAUGGAUAUUUUGAAUCAUACAGUCAUCAUGGAAUUCAUUACGAUAUGUUAUCGGAUAACGUACGAACUUUGAGUUACAAAAAUGCCAUUUUAGACAAUAAGGCUGUUUUCACCGAUAAAAUAGUUCUAGAUUUAGGAUGUGGUACUGGAAUAUUGUCAAUGUUUGCAGCUAGUGCCGGAUCUAAGAAAGUUUAUGCAGUCGACAAUUCUGAUAUUGCGUUUUAUACCGUCGAUAUUAUUAGAGAGAACAAAUUGACUGAAAAAGUUGAAGUAGUCAAAUCGAAAAUUGAAAGCAAUAAGUUACCGUUUGACCAUGUCGACAUAAUUAUCUCAGAAUGGAUGGGUUAUUUUCUGUUAUUCGAAGGGAUGCUUGAUAGUUUGAUCUACGCAAGAGAUAAUCUUUUGAAACCGGGAGGUUUGUUGUUACCUGAUAAAUGUAAUUUGUACAUUUGCGGAGCUCACGAUUUAGAAGGGUACAAAAACCACAUCGAAUUUUGGAACGAUGUUCAUGGGUACCAGAUGUCUUCUAUAAGAAACGAAGUUCUUAAAGAAGUUAUUAUCGAUGUGAUGCCGUCUAAAAAUAUCGUCACAUCGUCUUCGAACAUCGCAUCCUUCGAUCUAUAUAAGUGUUCUGUGAAAGAUACCAGUUUUUCGUCGUCAUUCAAUCUCACUUGUAACGAAGAUACUUCAAUCACUGCUUUUGUCGGAUAUUUCGAUGUACUGUUUCAAUUAGAGAAUACUGUGCAAUUUUCAACCGACUCAUUUAGUACGCCUACUCAUUGGAAACAAACUAUAUUUUAUAUAUCGCAUCCUAUCGUUUUAAAGAAAGGUGAUAAUUUGAACGGGAGACUGAUUUGUCGCAGAAAUGUGAAGAACACAAGGUCUUUAUUAAUUACCAUAGAAGCGAAUGAUCGAACGUAUAAUUUCGAUUUGCAGUAACGAAAUUCGCGAUUUUCCAAAGUGAUUCCGGCUCAGUUUAAUAACGGUAUCGUAUUAUCUCUGGAAUUACUUGAAAAUCUGUACUUCUUGUUGAAGUGGAUGAUGAUGUUACAAGUUCUGCUUUAUAAAAUGCCACACCUGCGCGAAUUUUUUGUCAAAUUGUGAUCGUUUUAAAGUAUUAAGGAUGAUAUACAUAUUUUAACAGACCUGUUGGACUAAUUUGCAUUUGUAAUAUUGAAGCUGGAAUCAUUAUUGGGCCUUUAGCGCUUGUAUCUGACGAAAAUACAUCCUGAAAAGUGUA